UGUGUAGAGAGAGAGAGAGAGAGAGAGAGAGAGAGAUAGGGAGAUGCUGUUGCCAGGGAACAGUCGGCAUAGAGGACCAUUCACAGCAGCUCAUGGAGUAAAAACACAAAGAGAGUUGAUAUAUCUGUGUUGUUUUUAGAAUAAACAGGCAGAUAGGAACAGGAGGAGUAUCCCAGUAUGGACUGGAGUAAACCAACAUGAGCAGAGAGGAUAGUACAGUAUAACUGCUGAAGAGGAAUUGGCACUGAUGGACUAGCUAUUAUGGGAUGGAGAGAGGAGGGAUUCUCACAAAAGGAUUUAGAGUAUGAUCAGAAAUACAUGGGCAGAAUAGACAACCAGAAACAGUCAUAAUGAUACCAGCAUUGAUGCCUUCAAAUUAAAGGUUUGAGUGGAACUCUAAAGUAGCCUGUCACUUCAGUCUUCACGGCCAGUCUCUUUCACACUCUCCUUCCCCAACAGAGGUGGCCAGGGGGAUUUAGGGAACCAGAGCUGCCCCCUGUCUUCAGACACCUGCUGCUGCCUGACACAGGGGAUGCAGAGAGAAAGUGGGGCGUCUCACUAGACCCAUGCAUCGACCCUGGUCUGGAGGAUUACAAUUCCUAGCUGUCCAAUCUUUACAUCAGUGAGUAAGGAGGGUGGACGCACAGGGACGGACAGACGGACGGAAGAGAUUCAAGGGAUCUCUUAUUGCCCAUGCCCCUCUCCUCCCCUUCAUGGAAUGAGGCGACACAGAGGCGACUCUAAGAAUGGAUAACAUGGAGUAUAAAGAUGAGUGGCAGGAUGAUGACUUCCCCAGACCACUUCCUGAGGACGGUGACAUGGAGUCAUCCUGUGGUCUCACCGAUGACAGAGCCUCUCCCCCCAACUCUCUGAAUGUUGGUGGAGGUGGCGGAGGUGGAGUAGUGUCCACCCAUCGCAAGCUGCGUACGUUAGUGGCCCCGGAUAUCAACCUGUCCCUGGACCACAGCGAGGGUUCCCUGCUGUCUGACGACUUCCUGGAUACGCCCGACGACCUGGACAUCAACGUGGACGACAUCGACACCCCCGACGACAACGACUCUCUGGAGUUCAUCACCAAUGGCAAUGAGCUGGAGUGGGAAGAUGAUACACCGGUUGCCAACGCCAAAGCGGGGCCUGGUGACGGAGAGGAGGAAGACUGUGCUGAUGGGACGGGGGGUAACGGGCGCCUAUGGAGGACAGUGAUCAUCGGGGAGCAGGAGCACCGUAUUGACAUGCAGGUCAUCAGGCCGUAUCUCCGUGUCAUCACCCAUGGGGGUUACUAUGGUGAGGGUCUGAAUGCCAUCAUAGUGUUCUCAGCCUGCUACCUGCCGGACAGCAGCUGUGCAGAUUAUCACUACAUCAUGGAGAACCUCUUCCUGUAUGUGGUUAGCAGUCUAGAAAUGCUGGUGGCUGAGGACUAUUUGAUCAUCUACAUGAAUGGAGCCACACCGCGGGGCAAGAUGCCAGGCAUAGGAUGGCUAAAGAAAUGCUAUCAGAUGAUUGAUAGGAGGCUCAGGAAGAACCUAAAGUCUCUGGUCAUUGCCCACCCCACCUGGUUCAUCCGCACUGUGCUGGCCAUAUCCAGGCCCUUCAUCAGUGUGAAGUUUAUGAAUAAGAUCCAGUAUGUGCACAGUCUGGACGAGCUGGCAGAGAUAGUCCCCAUGGAACAUGUGCAAGUCCCAGAAUGUGUGGUGCAAUUUGAGGAGGAGAGGAUCAAUGCUCGGAAAGAAAGGAUGGAGCAGGAACAGCGGCAGCAGGCAAACCCACAGGAGUCUUCUUCAGCCAAGGCAGAGAGGCCCAAGUCAAUGAUCGCAGAGCAAGGAAUCUGAAAAGGACCUGUUCCUCUUUAUUCAUCUCAUGUUGCUGAAAGAAGUUUGAGCAUGAAAACAAUGUUUUAUAAGAAGCAAGAUGAAGGCCAACAAGUCUAAGAAUACUUCAUAAUUUAUCAAUAUCAAGCUGAAGAAAGAAUAAUUAUUUUUCCAUUGAUGUGAAGCGACCUGACCCCCAGCACACACACACACUCCUCUGAAGAUCUUAGGUUGCGACUGAUUCCAUCAGGACAUUCCAAGGAAGGCACAGUCCCCACAGGUACUCUCGCUGUUACAAAGAUAGUACAACUCCAUAUGUUACUUAAUUUUUACGACCGCUUGAAGCAGUUACUUUUGAACCCCCAGGUUCCCACCAUGAGUUUUGUAUCCAUUUAAAAUUUAGAUACCAGUGCGACAGCGAGAACCCUUUGCAUAAUACAAGAAUAUUGAAGAAAAUGUUCCAGAGGACAUUUUAAGAAAAACAUCAAUAUUGUAGAACAUUUUCCACAGGACAUAUUGUAACUGGUGUAAGCUGUCAGUAGCAGGCAGGCAACCAGACCUGUUACAGUUUGAUGUGUUGGAGGCUCUUGUGGGGUCCAUGGUAAACUAGACUUGAGUAUGUUACUGUAUGCUGAGAGGAGGAUCUGAUCAGAGAAGAACAGGGAAGGAGGAAGAUAGUCAAGCAAUGCUUCCUAGAGAGCUCAGCAUUGGUGUGUGCUGUGUCAUAAUAAAUUAUCUUUAACCCAUUAGCGCUAUGAUACUCCUUGUGUAGACCAGAAUGCUUGGCGAGACAUCAGAUGCCUUCACCUUUGCUUUGUUUUUGCCUCAUAAUGUCUCCUUAAACAGGCCUUCUUUUUAAUCUGCUGCGUUGCAUAAAUCAUUUUGAUGCCAUUGUUCGAUAUUCCUAGAUUGGUCUGGGGAUCAUUCAGUGCCCAACCAACUGAUGUGCCGCACGAAUUCUGUCUGUACAUGAAUAUGAAGGCACACUGAAAGUAAGACCAGCAAGACAUUUGCUGUUUUUGACUGUAAUGACGAGGACUGCAUUUAAAUUACUUUAGUCAUUCAUGUUGUGAUUUAAUCAUAUAAUUUUUGCAUCAUGCUUUGUUUUUGGUGCAGUCAAAGCAUGUCAACAUGUUGCCAGCCUGUAAUGUGUUCCUUCAGAUGUCCUAUAAGAUAAUGGACCAGCUGUAAAUCUGCUAUUCGAUACUCACCUAAUGGAUGGUAGAGGGGAGGUAGUGUUAGAGUUUUUAUUUUUGUAAGAAUUACAAACAUUAUGUAUUGCCAGUGUAAUGUAAGUGUUGUUUUGCACUAUUGAAUUUGAUUGUCAUUAAAUGGUGAGCAUAUAAU